AUGAAUGCCUAUUGCGAUCGACAGUCGAUGGAUUUCAGUUCCGUCGUUUUCUUGUUCGACGGUCGCAAAAUUCGCCCCGAACAUACUCCGGUCGAGCUGGAGAUGGAGAAUGGCGAUGAGAUAGACGCAAUGCUUCAUCAAACCGGUGGCGGCGGCUUAAUGCAACCAAUGCUCUUAUAUUUGACGAUGUUAGGUCGUGAGUAUUAAGUGUAAGAUUAGCGACGGACUCUUUUUAGCGACGGGUUUUCGUGGGGAAGUACUCGCUCGAGUUUGCGUUCUUCCGUGUAACUUACUACUUCUGCAAAACGG